AUGAACAACUCACCAAUAAGAAAUCAGUCUUAUUACUAAGAUAAAAUUAGAUACCAGAGAUCGCCUUAUUCUGAUAAAGAAAAUAUGAUGAGUGAAGUUAAUUAGAGUCAAUAGACACUCUAAAGGGAUGCGAUCGAAAUAUUGAAUGAUGUUGCAGAGACAUCAAAAAUUGAUGAGUCGGUUUUAGACAGUAACCUUACUUUGUUUGAAAAGAUUACUCAUCACAAAUGGUAAAUAAGAAGAUUGGUCUUAAUGAAUUUAACAGAGGAAUAUUAAAAGAACCAGACUGUUUAUGAAUUUCAAUCAUCAUGGCUGAAAAAUAUUAUUAAUGAUAGCAAUUAAUUCGCAAUGACAGAGGGUCUUAAAUUUAUAUAGGUAUUUGUUAGAAGUUAACAAAUGAAUUACCACAUAUUACCCUACUUUAUUGGAGAUCUCAUUGAAAGAGGCUCCUUUGUUAAGUCUCAAAUCCAAGAUCUUGUCAUUGAAAUAUUAUUGCAAUGUUGUAAAACAGUACAAGACACCGGUUUCAUCCUCUCAGAGAUCCAUAAAAAAAUAGAAGCCAAACACCCUAAGAUUAUGACUCUCUGUUUGACAAUCAUAGAGAGGAUUCUUGAAUUAUAACCCAAUCAACUAGUUAAAGAUUAAAUAAGAGAUUUUAUUGAAUUAUGUGUCUCGUUAGUUUCACAUACGAAUAAAGUAAUAAGAUAAAAAUCAAUCAAUAUCUUUUGCAAGCUGUUUCAAAUGAUUUCAGAGAGUUUUGAAUAGGUCAAGAAGACUUAUUUAGACAAGCGAUUGAGACAAAUUCAAAUUAAAGAGUUGGAAUAAUUAUGCAGCAAAAUCACAAAAAAAACAUAGAAAAUUGAAAUUCAAUCGACAUAACCUGUUAUUCAGAUCAUAGAUUUACAUACAUUGUUGCCAGAUAAAUUCUUUGAAAUGCCCUAUUAUAAACACAAUGAAAAGAAGAACAUAACUGAACAAUUUGCUAAGAAUUUAGAGAAGUAUGAUGGAGACAUUGAUAACUCUAAAGAUUAUGGGAGUAUUUAUGCAAUUAUCAUAACCUUGCUUGAAGAGAGCAAUUAUUUAAUAUAUAGUUAGGGGAUGAGAUGCGUUAAGGGAUUGGUCAGAUUGUUGAGAAGAGGAAUCCCUUAACCAGUGGCCAAACAUUUCUUUAUUUUGAUUUUGGAUAAAUUGAAAGGUUCAUUGUCCAAGCCUUUAUAAUCAGCUGUAUUUAAUCUUUUGGAAGACAUACUUAUAUAUGAAAACAUCUCCUGUGAUCAAUUCAUGGAACUAAUGAUUAAUUAAUUAGAAUCUUCAAAAAACAUAGGAUUGAAAGUAGCUUGUGCAAGGUGGUUUAAAGAUGGUUGGCUAGCCUUGGCAUUGGCUGUAUAGACAGGGUCAUAUGAAUCAUCUGAUUCUGAGGUACUCAAGAAAUUUGCUCAGUCUAAUUGCGAUAAAAUAUCGAAAUCUCUUCUUGUUCUUUAUAAGAAGGUGUAAGCAAUCUUGAAAAAAGAGAACAAUCUCAAUUACAAGAAAGUCUUAUUGGAUUUAAUUAAUUCAAUGCAAUGUGAUGAACAGAAUCUCUAGGUUACUGUUAUUGAAUCAUAGAUUGCAAUUGUAAAUCCUUAAUUUGAUUUACAAGAAUCUAGGAUCACUGAUAAAUAAUCAAGAAAACAAUAAAUAAAUUCAGUAAAGAGUAGGUAUUAAACUGAUGAAGAUUUAUGUGAAUUUGCUUAGAUCGGAGAAGAUAUGUAGAAUUUUAAUUAAGCGAAUAAAAACAGAUAAAGCAUAGAAUUACCUACAUCUCAAUUGAACAGAGAACAAACAGAGUUCAUGAGUAAAUUUAGUAGUGAUCUCACUUAAUUAAGAAAAUUGUCAUAAAACAAUUAAGAUCAACAAAUCUAAAAUAAAAUCGAAGAAAUUUUACACUCAUUCAAAACUCAUUACUCAGAUAAAAAUAUUACAAGCAAUGAUUUCUUAUAAUAAAUGACAAGCAAUAUAAUUAUGGAAUUGGUUCAUUUCUGUAAGAAAGUUUAGGUCUAAAAAAAGCUAAUUGCUGAUAAAUUGUAUGACUUCAUCAUUUCAUUAUUAAUCAAAAUGAAUAAAAUCUAAGUGACAUUGGAUCAAGAAAUGCUCUAUCAAGAAUAUAAGAUAUGUUUGAUCCAAUUAAAUCAAUUAGACAUUCAAAAACUAUUGCCACUUCUAGAGAGCUUGUACAUUUGUAAUUCAUUAGAGAGUAUGAUCAAAAUUGGUUACAGGAUAACUAACAAGUAUCUCUAAAAAUAAACAAACAGCAAUAUUAAGAUCUUUUAAGCAUUUAUUAAUUGGAUUACAUAAAAAAUUAAUGCUGCGACUUAACAACAAUUAGAUCCUUCAUUCAUAAGGACGUCUUAUAAGACUUUUGAAACCACCUUUAAAAUGUUCCCAUAAACAUAAAUAGAUAUAAGAUUAUUACUAAAUGCUUUCAGAAGUCGAAUGGUAAAUCAACAAGUUGAAUAAUUGGAUCAGUAUUAGGAUUUAUUAAAUCAAUCAUAAAGGAAGUCUAAAUCUAAAUCAUUUGGAUCCUAAUCUAGGUUUUCACCUUACGAAACACCAAACAAAACAUAAAGUAAAUUAGAGUUUUCUGAUUCUGAAGAGUAAGAGAGUUUAGAAUCAUUACUAUAAAUAGAAUAAUAGAUUUCUACACAAUUUACUUUAUAGGCGUUAGAUAAAUUUAUCCAUUACUUGAAUCGUUAUCGAGCCUAUUAACUUUCUAAUCAAUCAUAACACACAGUAUUCUUAAGUCCAAAUUCUAGUUCACCUGGUAAACAUUGGAGAAGAGGCAUUGGAAGGGACAACAUGAUUAUAAGUUCUCCAAAUAGAUAAUUAUUUGAAAGUACUAAAUUUGAAGAUUUCACGAGAAUUUUAGAAAUAAUUUGUUAAAAUUUCACCUUUCAAAUUCAAAACCAAGUAUUCUAAGUCUUUUAUUUGCUCAAACAUAUCUUUCCAAACAGUCAAUAAUGUCUGAUCUACCUUAUCUUUGCUUAUAUUUGUCCAAAGACAGAAUAUUCUGAAAAUUUUGAAGUUUUCCUGAGUACAUUCUUAUAACUUGAUAAAAGCGUUAUGGCAUAUUAAUAUAGAUAAGCCUUUAAUAUCUUGUAUUAAAAAUCAGAAAAUGAGAAAGUAUUAAUAAAUUUAAUACACACAGGAUUCAAUUUUCUAUUUCAAAAAAUAUUCGAAAAUGAUUUACUAGCAUGUAUUCAAUAUUUCAUCUCCACUCUAACUUACAUGCUCACCUAGAAUAUGUUUUAUUAAUUAGCCAACGAUUUAUUAAGCAAAUAUUAACAAUAAACCAACAAUUUUAAUUAAAUAGUAGAGACCGAACUAAUUAAUUAUAAAAAACUAUAUGAUACUUACUUAAGUUGGUAGAUUUAAUAACAAUAAGCAUAUGAAAAGCCUCAAAUUGACUUUUAAAAACUUUAUAAGUAGCAAUAGAAUGACAUAUUGAUUGUUGAUCUCUAGGAAAUUGAUGAAUGUGCAUCCAAAAGAGAAGAAACUGUUAGAGAAAAUGUAAAUAAUAGUUAAUAGGAGAACUUUAUCCAUAUUAACAAAGAAGAUUUCGAUUUAUUAGAAAGCACUGCUAAAAACUUUCUUUCUCAGUAAACAUAAAGGUAUAAUGAAGAAGGAUCAUAACAAUAACCAGACAUUUUAAAUAUCUAAUAAUUCAUUAGUCCUCUCCAAUAAAUCAGCCAAAUCAGCAAUUAAAUGCAUGAUACUGUCAUUUAGGAUUUAGCAAAGAACCUCUAUUCAAAUGAUACUCAUAGACUAAAAGAGCUAGAUAUGAUCAAACUGCAAAAUGAAACCUACCGAUAACAUAAACGUGAUAGUCAUAAAUAGGUCUUAGAGUCAUAUCCAUAACCACCUUUAAAGGAUCCAAUGAAGUAAAAGAUAGAGAAGAUAUAUGAAGAAGUUCAAAAUGAAUCAGUACAUGGCAAUUUCAAUGAAAAAAGUCUACUCGGAGAUGUUCUAGCCCCUAUUGACACAACAUAAUUGUUUGAUUAAACUAGAAAUAUGAAAAGAAAUGAAUGCAUUAAGCAAAUGUAAGAAAUCUUAUUGACAUCAACAUCAUUAUAUUUCGAUGUAGCAUCAACUCUACUUCUUUAAUAUGAAAAUUUGGAUAUGGCUGAAGAUAAAUUGGCAUUUAUCAAUGAUCUAAAAUUAUCUUUGGUAAAUUAAACUUUAUUAACCAAUAUUAAUCAACAAAACUUCUCUGUCAUCAUUGCCAUAGUCUUGCGAUUAUGUACUACUCCUGCUACCUAAUCUGAAAUCUAUAACAGUUCAUUAGGAUAUGAUGAUAAUCAAUUGACAAAGUGCUUAUAGCAAAUUUUAGAUGUUCUUUUGCAUUCUAAGGAGACUGAAUAGGUCUUGAUUUGUUUAGUACAUGUUUUUAAUGAUCAUUUGCCUAUGGAUUUCACAAAUGAAAUUUCAAAAAUUGAAAAAAUGAUGUUAAGACUAAAUUUAAAAUGUAUCGAAAGAUUGAUUUAGAAUAGCGAAAAAUUAAAUGUUUUUGGUAUUUUAAUAGAGAUAUUUAAAUUCUUUAAAUGCCACCCUCCGGAAAAUUUAAUAGAAGGUCUACCCUCAAUUAAGGAACUGGAGUUAUAUUUUAGAUAAAUGAAGUAAAUUACAGACAGUUUAUUAAACAUCAAUCUCAAAGAGGGAAAAGAAUUCUUGGAUUUUGUUUACAGAAAAAAUAGUAAAAGCAUCUUUUUAGAUUAUGUCAAAAGUGUGAUCGAAAAAAAAUGA